GCGAAUACGCUUCUCGAUAUGCGCCACGUUAUUUGAUUUAAGUUUAGGAGGGAGGACUUCCAGCGCACGAGAAAACGCGAGAGAGAGACCUAAUUACUGCGAUCGCUUCGAGGCUUCCCCCGGUCUGCCCUCUGGGAGAUUCAAGCUCCAGUUGCAUCAGUUUUUGAUCACGGCCUCAAAAACCCUCGCAAACCCAGUCUUUCCUCUCUCGUUUGGUGGCGGCGGCGGCGACGAAGGCGAAGGCGAAGGCGAAGGCGACGACGGGGGAGGAGGCUUUUCCUUUCUCCUUUUAUCUCCUAAAAGAUGCCGAAGCACUACCGGCCCCCGGGGAAGAAAAAGGAAGGAAACGCGGCGAAGUACAUCACGAGGACGAAGGCGGUUCAUUAUCUUCAAGUUAGUCUGUCCACCUUCAGGAAACUAUGCAUUCUCAAAGGUAUUUUUCCACGGGAACCGAAGAAGAAGGUGGAAGGGAACCACAAGACUUACUAUCACAUGAAGGAUAUCUUGUUUCUCGCCCACGAGCCUCUACUCGAGAAAUUCAGGUACUACUCCUUUGAAAAAGGGAGCUUUAUACAUUACUAA